AUAGCAGACGAGUUUGUUCUGAUUUUCUCGCCACAGAUUAACUUCUGUUUCCACAUCAGAUCGUGCUGUUCAUAAAAGUCGCAAUCCUGCGACUUAACGGUGAAUGCUCGUUAUUGCGGUAGCUUCAAUCAUUUGUCAGUGUGCUGUGAUAUAACGCCGUUGAAGAUGGCCAUGUUGGAGAAACUGCAAGAGAGUUUCCUGAAUGCUAAGGCGGGAGUGUUCCAAGUUUUGGUGAACUUCAUUGUAUUUCUAAUCCUUUAUGGAGUGGAAUGUCAACUGGACAAUGAGAUCCAAUGCCCAUGUCAUCUGCCAUCGAACAUCCGCUACAUCUCAAUCACAUUUGUUUUCCCCGCAAUGUCACUGUUCAUUGUUGGUCUCUUGGUACAAAGUUACUUACAGAAAUUGUGUCAUUUAUGGUGGAGCAAGCAGAAGGUAGAGUACCGUCCACCCACACCUAUACCCAGCCUGCUGACUGUGUGUAAAGCAUCAAUUCCAGCAAUAUUAUGGAUUAUUCUCCUCUUAUUGAAUGGCAACUAUUACGCCUGUUCCAAGUUAAUCGGUAGAAGUGAAACUGCAUGCGAGUCGAAAUGCAAUGGGAAUUCCUCUGAAAUUGUCCAAGACUACUGCAUCGCAUCACAGUUCAUCGGCAACCUUGCAUUGGUCAUAUUACUGUCUGCAUUGGCUAUAUUCUACUUUCUUCAAAGUUGUUCUGACUGGAAGAGCAAAUAUAUGUUUGAAUAUAACUGUAAAUGUAAAAAAGAGGAAGCAAAGUUGCUGGGGGAAAAAUUGAAAGCCAAGGCAGCUGAAGCUGUCAAAGAAAUUUGCAAAAGUAAGAUGUCAACACAAUUCCCAAAUGAUGGGCAAAUUCAGCCAGGAUCCAGUCAUGAAAACAUGGAAAUGAAUUCCCAGGUUCCUUAGGAUCCAUCCACAUCACAGUAGUCCACUAACAGUAAGGAUUGUAAGAAGAGGAACAUCAAAUCACCUCACUGGAGGUGACGCCAAAGGCAACAGACUCCUGAUAUGGAACAGAAUUGAAAAUAUGCAUUCAACUUUUACUAAUUGUUAAUUACUCACAUGUUUGGAUAAAUAGUUUUCUUUCACAUAGUAGAUUGCAAUAUUUCUGUGACAUCUGUAGUCAGGUUAAAUAAAUAAAGGCUUUCAGGCAAAAAAAAAUGUUGUCAGAC